AUGGCAUCGAUACAUCGGGAUCUGGAGGGAUCUGAUAUCUUGGCAGCAUUCCGAGUAACUCCUCAACCUGGAGUUCCACCUGAAGAAGCAGGUGCCGCGGUAGCUGCCGAAUCUUCUACUGGUACAUGGACAACUGUGUGGACCGACGGGCUUACCAGUCUUGAUCGUUACAAAGGACGAUGCUACCACAUCGAACCCGUUGCUGGAGAAGAAAGUCAAUUUAUUGCUUAUGUAGCUUAUCCUUUAGACCUUUUUGAAGAAGGUUCUGUUACUAACAUGUUUACUUCCAUUAUAGGUAAUGUAUUUGGCUUCAAGGCCCUGCGCGCUUUACGUCUGGAGGAUUUGCGAAUACCUAAUUCUUAUAUUAAAACGUUCCAAGGUCCGCCUCACGGUAUCCAAGUUGAAAGAGAUAAAUUGAACAAGUAUGGCCGUCCUCUAUUGGGAUGUACUAUUAAACCUAAAUUGGGAUUAUCCGCUAAGAAUUAUGGUAGAGCAGUUUAUGAAUGUCUUCGCGGUGGACUUGAUUUUACGAAAGAUAAUGAAAAUGUGAAUUCUCAACCAUUUAUACGUUGGAGAGACCGUUUCUUAUUUUGUGCUGAAGCCAUUUAUAAAGCACAGGCCAAAACAAGAGAAAUCAAAGGGCAUUACUUGAAUGCUACUGCAGGUACAUGUGAAGAGAUGAUCAAAAGAGCUGUAUUUGCGAGAGAAUUGGGCGUUCCUAUUAUAAUGCAUGACUACUUAACAGGUGGAUUCACCGCAAAUACUAGCUUGGCUCAUUAUUGUCGGGAUAAUGGUCUACUUCUUCAUAUCCAUCGUGCAAUGCAUGCAGUUUACUGGGAGCGUGAGGCAUUCAACGGUGUAUACUUCUCAUAUUUUCUAACCCGGUCUCUAUCAUCCAGGAUCCUGGUUCUGGAGUCUUUCUUUUUAUUGCUAGAUCGAUCCUUUUCUCUUGGGGUCGGGCUCCUCCUUCUUGGACUUGCUCUUUUACCCUCCUCUGAUAGCGCAUUUGCUAUCUCCAUUUGUUCGAGUUCCAAGUAUUUCUUGGAACAAGUUCUAAACUCCUCCAACAUUCUCACUGGGUCUUUAUACACCGACUUGGCAAGUCUAGAUCCUCCAUCCAAACCAGCCACAAUGAGAUGUACGUGGGUAGACCUGGCACCUGCAAGGCAGCAUCCUUAA